ACAUAACUGUUUCCGCUUGACAUUUUCCCAAGUUAAGAGGGUAAAUAGCAAUGUAAAGCUGUGAAUAAGACCAGUUAUUUGAAUUAGCAUUGAUUUCAAGUGUAAAUACGUCUGAGUGCCAACCUAGGGCGGUGGAAGCGGCUUUCAUGAAGAGACUGUUGGAUUUAACACCAAGCAGAAUCCUGUGACGUGUACCACCUGUUUGCCGCCUCUGGUUUUUGUCGCCCUCUUCAGCGUGGUUGACAAAUGACUGUUAUAGAUAAGAUUAGAAUUGAUAGUUGUGAUAAUAAGAACGUGGGUCCUGCAUGGCGCGCGGUAUGGUUACCGAGCAGUGUAGCGUAGGAAAGCGGAUUAUCACCAUAGCUAUCGCGCUUGGGAAACAGCGCCAUAUACACGUAGCAGUAUAGUGACAGUGACGUGUGGCAAAAUGUGUGAGCUAAAGGCGCUACAGGCAACGGGUAUUGCUAUGGCAGUUUUUGCAACGCUGGUGGGGCUGGGCACGGAGGGGUUCUACGCAUGGAAGGUGUAUGAGGUGGACCACUGCGUCAACGUCACCUACAAUGACUUCGACUAUGAGCCUUGCCUGGACCUGAGAAACCAGUCUGACGUGUGUUACCAUGAAGAGCUGUUGGUUCGCAGUUACGUGGGCUUAGUGGAAGGCAUCAUAGGGACUGUCUCUGCCAUCUGCUUCAUUAUUGGAUUUGCCGUUAUCAACCUGCCUCUCAUCUGGAUGUGGGUGGUGUGGGCGUUGGGUAUCUCCUCCUAUAACGCGUACUGCAUCUAUGACUACUACACCACCAUACAAGACUUCACGACUGGCUGUAUUGAAGACAGUAAGUUUUGGGACGAGUUCAUCGAUCAGGACUACGCUUACUUCUUCAUAACCGUGACCACCUCCGUCAGCUGCUAUGGCCUGGUUCUGCUAGUCACCAUUCCCUUAGCGUCGGUCAUCACACAUAUGGUUGGUCCUCACUCUUCAACUAUGGGCAGUUAUGAGUUACAAGAAAGGAAAUAUGGCUAACUAUAACUUUGGCACUUACGUGUGGGACAAUGAUGCUUUUGAGAUGGAGUAACACUAACACCACCACUGUAGCCACGGGUCUUUACUGCUGCCUCAUCUGACACAGCACUGGUAGCUGACCCGUCCAUGUACAUGCAUUGCAAACGUACGUCUGAAAAUCAUUUGUUAACUUCCUCAGUCAUAAAUUAAGCCAAGAUGCAAACUUUCUUUCACUGAAACACAAAGGUGAUCUUAUUACUAUAUACUACUACUACUACUACUACUACUACUACUACUAGUACUACUACUACUACUAAUACUGCUACUACUACUAUUAUUAUUACUAUUAUUAUUAUUAUUAUUAUUAUUAUUAUUAUUAUUAUUAUUAUUAUUAUUAUUGUUAUUAUUUUUAGUAUUAUUUUUUGUUAGUCAGUGAUGAAAAAAUAUACUACUCUGUGAAUACAUAAUCAAUUUUGUAAUUUAUCUGAAUAAUGAACUUGAAAACCUGUAUAAGUAAACAAAUCAUAUUAAAAAACCAAGAAUAAUAGAGCAAGAAAGAUCUGCAACUUUUAUAUAGCUGUAUAUAUUUAUUCUAAUUGCCUUUUGAAUACUAAUGUAUAUAUGUAACUGAAAUAUAAUAGAAAUACAAAUAAGUUUCUCUCUCUCUCUCUCUCUCUGGAGGAACAUGAACAAGACUCUUUACCCAAUGCCUUUCAUAUGGAAAUAUAACAAUUUUUUUUAUAAUGUAUUUCUUGAACCUGAUGCAACUACGUAUUAGUUCCUUUGCAGUCACCUAAUUGUCAUAUGUGUCAUCUCUGUAGGUUCAUGUGUAGAACAUGUGUGUAUUUUGUACUAUUUAGAUUAUGUACAUAGUAGUAAUCUAAUCAUCUGACGUCUAUGAUGUCUGUAGGUGUACAUACAUUUAUCCUGUUUUCAGGACUGGCUAGAUGCAUCAAGAAAGAAGUCAGAUUGAGUCUCACAAUGUACACAAAAAUCACAUUUAUAAAUGCUAUCAAAAAUGUUAUCAUAUGCAUUACAGUAACAGGACUGUUUUCUCUUGUU